AUGCCGAUUUGUCCUGGAGAGCGUGUUGAAGAGAUCAGACCACUUUUCUCGCGUGCGCAACCAAAGACCAACACGCCGGUCACGGUCGAGCGAAACGCUUUCUUCUUCUUACAAGUUCAAUCACUUCUCUUCACUCACUUCUUCUGUACCAAUCCGCCACCUUCAAACACAGUCAACAUGUCCAGCGUAGAUGCACAGGCUCUUGCCGACAAGGCACAGCUCAAGAUCCAGAAGCGCAAGCGCUUCGAGGCCGUUUUCCCCCUCUUGGUCGAGGAGCUCACCGCUUACCUCGCCUCGGAAAACAUGCCCGCCGAGGCCAUCGACUGGUUCCGUCGCAACCUCGACUACAACACUCCCGGCGGUAAGCUCAACCGUGGUCUCUCUGUCGUCGACACCGUGGAGAUUUUGCUCUGCACCGAUGCUGCUACCGGCAAACUCUCGCGCGAGCUCACCGAGCCCGAAUACCUCAAAGCUGCCAUCCUCGGCUGGUGCAUCGAGCUUCUGCAGGCCUAUUUCCUCGUAGCCGAUGACAUGAUGGAUGCAAGUGUCACUCGCAGGGGUCAGCCAUGCUGGUACCGCGUCGAGGGUGUCGGUAACAUCGCCAUCAACGACGCCUUUAUGCUCGAAGCCGCCAUCUACUUUUUGCUCAAAAAGCACUUCCGCGCCGAACCCUACUACGGCAUGCUCCUCGAGCUCUUCCACGACGUCACCUUCCAGACGGAGCUUGGUCAGCUCAUCGAUCUCAUCACUGCUCCCGAAGACUCGGUCGAUCUUUCCAAGUUCUCUCUCACAAAGCACCACCUCAUCGUCGUCUACAAGACCGCUUUCUACUCCUUCUACCUCCCCGUCGCCCUUGCCAUGCGCAUGGCCGGCGUCACCGACGAGGCACUCUACAAGCAGGCUCUUGACAUCCUCCUUCCUAUGGGCGAGUACUUCCAGGUUCAAGACGACUUCCUCGACUGCUACGGCACCCCCGAGCAGAUCGGCAAGAUCGGCACAGACAUCUUCGACAACAAGUGCUCUUGGAACAUCAACGUCGCCCUUCAGAAUGCCACCCCAGAACAGCGUCAGAUCCUCGAUCAAAACUACGGCAAAAAGAACCCCGAAUGCGAGAAGCGCGUCAAGGACGUCUUUAACCAGCCCAACAUUGACCUUCGCAACCGUUUCCAAAAGUACGAGGCCGAGUCCUACGAGCAGAUCAACACGCUCAUCAACAACCUUCCCGAGUCGCAAGGCCUUCGUCGCGACGUCUUCCGCUCUUUCCUUGACAAGGUGUACAAGCGAUCCAAGUAG